AUGUCCAUGCGUCGCGGUGGGAUGCUCGCGCUGCGGACGCUGCGUCAGAGCGGCGUGAGGACUUCGGUGGGUGGAUCUACCUGCCGUAUGUUGUCGACACACGUCUCCGUGAUCGGUUUGCACUGGAAGACGGAUGAGACGCGACUGCGCGAGGUGUUUUCGGGCUACGGAACGCUGGAGGAGGCCAAGCUGCUGACGCCCGACCACUCCAACACGCACCUGUGGGCGUCCCUCGUGUACUCGACGUUCGACGAGGCACUGGAGGCUGCCAGCGAGAUGAACGGCCAGGAGCUGGACGGCCGCCUGCUGCGUGUGAGCAUCGUGGACCCACCCACUGAGGGCGAGCCGGUGGCUGCCACCAAGUAA